AUGUAUCAAAAACAAAGACCAGAGACCCAAAGAUUCAACCCUAAAAGAACAGAUACAUUGACGCAUCUCGCGGCUAAUCGCGGACAGAGAUACAUACCUGAAUACAAGUUUGAGCAAAAAAAAAAAAGCUCCCUCGUAUCGGCCGGAGCUUGCAGAUGCAGAGAUUCAGGGGAAGACAGGAGAAAAGGAAGAAACCCUAGGUCUAGGUGA